ACAGGAAGUGAAACAAUCGUAAAUUUCUACUCAGUUGUUGCAAAAUUUUGCAAAGCCCUUUGUUUUAUUUGUUAUAUCGGUGUAUCAAAGCCUUGUAUGCAUAAAUGGCGGGCAAAAAACCGCUUAAAGACGGGUUUUACCGGGUGGAGUUGAAUAAAACCGACUGGGUGGUUCCAAAUCGUUACCAAUGCUUAACACCGGUUGGUGUUGGGGCCUAUGGACAAGUUUGCUCUGCACUUGACACAAAAACUAACAGGAAGGUAGCAAUAAAGAAACUGUCCAGGCCGUUCCAGUCGGCCAUUCAUGCCAAAAGAACAUACAGAGAAAUAAGAAUGUUAAAGCAUAUGGUGCACGAAAAUGUAAUCGGCCUUCUAGAUGUGUUUACACCUACAGAAACAUUUGAUGAGUUCGAUGAAGUUUACCUGGCCACAGCUCUGAUGGGCGCGGAUAUGAACAAUAUAAUCAAAACACAGAGACUCAGUGAUGAUCAUGUACAGUUUCUAAUAUAUCAGGUUCUACGUGCAAUGAAGUAUAUCCAUUCUGCUGGCAUUAUUCAUAGAGAUUUAAAACCAAGCAAUAUAGCAGUGAAUGAAGACUGUGAACUGAAGAUAUUAGACUUUGGCCUGGCGCGACACACAGAUGACCAAAUGACAGGUUACGUGGCCACAAGAUGGUACCGCGCUCCGGAGAUUAUGUUGAACUGGAUGCAUUAUAAUCAAACAGUGGAUGUGUGGUCAAUAGGCUGCAUUAUGGCGGAGAUGCUAACUGGACGACCGCUUUUUCCUGGCACUGAUCAUAUUGAUCAACUUACAAAAAUACUAACUCUUGCGGGCUCGCCAAAUGAACGACUUCUUUCCAAGAUCAGUAGCGAGGAGGCAAGAAAUUAUAUUCAGCAACUGCCAAAGUGGGAAAAGAAAGAUUUCAAGAAAGUUUUUGAAGGAGCAAAUCCAAUGGCCAUAGAUCUGUUGGAGAGAAUGCUGGACCUGGACGCAGACACGCGCAUCACAGCCGAGCAGGCACUCGCCCACCCGUACCUUAGCCAAUAUGCCGAUCCUUCUGACGAACCCACUGCGCCGAAAUAUGACGAGUCCUUCGAGUCAAUGGAGUAUUCUAUACCUGAAUGGAGAAAGCUAGUCUACGAAGAAGUGAUUUCCUUUGUUCAACCUGCUGGGGAGGGCAUGGAAACUGCAUAAAAUUUUGUUCAGUUCAAACAGUAGCAGUCAGCAAUUAGUAGAGUAGCAGACAACAAUUUCUGGAUUAGCAGACAACAGUUACUAGAGAAUGCUGCUGAUAGUGUUUCAUCUGAAUGUUAUUUUUCUGUGCAAAUGUGUAAGAUGCCAUAUCUUGACAAAAUAAGGUAUCUGUUCUACAAUUAGUUGAAUUUUGGAUGCAUGCGGCCUGGACAUAUUGGUUUGGUCAAUGGUUUGUUAUGAAAAGAAAGAAAAUGAAAAAAACUAGACUAUAACAUAUUUCAAACAACCUUUUUAUGUUGAAAGAUUGCAAAAUUGACCAGUUGAUGUCUGAUGUCAUUUGAAAUAAAGAACAAAAACAUUAAUCAUUAUCAAUUAUGUUAAUUUUCUUCGGUCAAUAUUUUUUACAUACCGUAUUAGAAUUAAGUAAGAAAACGCCUUUCAAAUGAUACCAAUAUUAUAUGGGGACACCAGGCAUAAACAUUUAACAUAACGAUCAAUUACAUGAUCAAACAAAACUCGCAUUGUGCAUCAGAUACCUUAAGUCAAUAUCUAUGAAAAUGUAUAAACAGGCUAUAACACUGUUGUCAGAGUGCUAUACCUCAAUGAAAAUUGAUUCUAACUGUGAGAAUGAUUUCUACUGUGAAAAUGGUUGAUGGUAGAGGAGUACAAGUUCUGUUACUUAGCUUUAAAGAGUGCCACAUAAUUUUUAGAACAACAUAUGCAUAAUUGUAUAGUUUUUCAUUGAUAGGGAAUUAUCAUCAAAUGGAAUACUGGAAUGUUCGUAGUAUAUGUUAGUUUCAACAUAAAGGUGCUAAAAAUUAUGAAAUUUAAAAAAAAGAUACAUUCUUUCAUUUUGUGUUAGUGAGAUUGCGAGGUAAAUGUUCCAAUUAUUAAAUAUAGUUGUUCUUGUAAUGAAGUUGUUAAUGAUAGAUCAAGCUGUACAAAGUCAUUAUGUUUGAGAUAUUUAUGAAAAAGCCAAUGUUUUUCACUAUUCAUUGUAGAUUACAAUAUGGUUAAAACAUUUGAUUUCUUAAAAAAAUAAAAUUGUAUUGUGCUAUUUUUUUACUAUUGUUUGUAGAAAUAGAAAACUUAUUUUGUUCAUUUAAAUUCUGCAUCAUUUUUUAAAUAUAUUUUAUACACCUGUUUAACAAAUUGGACUUAUUAUGGAAAUACCCAUUUUGGUCAGACAGAGUCCGUAAAGUUGUCCGCUUACACAUCCAUUAUUUCAUUUAAUGAUUACCAAACUUGGUGGAAAUUUUUUAUAAGCAUAAUAUCGGACAAAAUUCACCUAUAUAAUGUUCCAAAUCUUGAAUAGAAAUUGAUAACAAAGUGUGCUGACAUUUUAUCUCAGUUAAGUUUGAUAUCGUCAUCUUCGAAUUGUCUGUAAUUGAUUUUGAUGGCAUCAUUUACAGGUGUAAUUCUCCACUCUUAUUGAUUUAGAUAGCAGCCAUAAUUGAGUUUCUAACACUCUUGUUUCAGACACUCUGGUGUCAACUAUUAUGAAAAUGUAUAAAAAUUACAUUAUUACAUAAAUGUGUAGAAUGUAAUUUUUUCAUCCUAAAAAAAAUCAUUGAGAUUUAGGACGUCAUUUCUUACUGUCAAAAUAUAAAAUACUUACAAAAUUAUCUCACACUUCUAUGACUAUUUUCUUGAUAUCAUCUGUAAUUUGAUCACGUCUUGAAUACUGAUCAAUGAUCAUUAUGACAUUAUGAUAUAAUUUCUGCAAAGUUUGUCAGAAUUAUAUAUUUCCUUACAUCCGAUGCUAUAUACAAAUCAUAACUUUGUUUUGUAUUUUCAUUUGACAUUCGCAUAAUUUGACAAAUUAUUUGUUUGGACACUUGUUAAGGAUUACCUCACUUUACUGUUAUUUCAUUUUUUAUACUAGUUUAAUCUGGCACCAGAUUCGAAACUACUUAAGCAUAACAGGUUUAAGUAUCUUAUAUUAUUGAGCGAAAUUACUUCCUAAUGCUGGAUCUUACAUAACAAAAACCAGUUACGGUUAUCGAAACUUCUCAUAUAAGUUUCUUUAAAAAUCUCAAAAUUCUUUUAAAUGGGAAAUUUCUACGAUUAAGGCAGUGUUGUUUGUUUACACUGUGACACAUGAUUGUAAUAGUUAGCUAAAGGUGUUGGCACAUAAUGCUCGUGUAAUUAAUAUUCCAUGGUUUACAAUAACCUUUGCCUUUUUCAUGAUUCAAUAAAAUUCACAAGUCAAGACAAAAAACUGAUUUUCACAUUUUUUCACUGCGUCCAAUCUAUGGUAUUAAGUUUUUUACCUGUUUUGUUUUGUCUGUGUCCUAAUAAACGUAGCGUUCUAGACCCAGGGUAUUUUGGUAAACAGAAACGAACAUAGUGAGCUUAGCUUGAUCCUGUAACAAGGGACUUGAGUGUGUUCCAGAAAUUUGGACCUCAAGGUUCAUUGCUUUAACUUUUAGCUUUCAAGUGCUUUAAAACAAAUUAUUACAUUGAUGGACUGUUUGCAGAGAGCUUUCCUUGUCUAGAAUUUUGCUGCAUCACGGAAAGCGCUUUUUUUUAAUUCUAAUCUUUGCAUUAAAAAUCUGCAUCUAAAAUGAACUUUAAAAACCACAUUCAUGGAUUUUCAGGAGGUGUAGCCUAAUCUUUAAGUCUUUUUUGUUUGUUUGUCAAUUUUGUCACCAAAGGUGCUUUUUAAAACACAUGAUGUGAAGUUAUUGCCUAAGUAAGGAGGGCUCUCAUGUGGUACUGCGCUCUGCCUACAAAACUAGCUACACUUAGUAGGCUUUACUCUGGUUCCUUGAACUGCUUGUUGUGAAGUUUGUUAACAUACCCAUCUGAAGUACACAACAUAGUUUCUAAAUGGAAUCUGUAUAUAAUAUUUCUGUAGAACAUUCGUGUAAUGGGAUUUAGUUCAUGCCAAUCUAUUGAAAUACUUAAAAUGGCACUUAAAAUUUAGAUGCUCGAUAAUUACCUUCUAUAAUUAUGAAUAUAUUGAAUCGAAGUCCAGAUACAUUUGUUUGACCAGGGUUAUUACAUGACCAGUUUACCUCUUAAAUGGUUUUACAGUUAUGAAUAAUUAUAACAGGGUGAUUCAACAUCAUGUCUAUUUGGUUUUCUGACAAAUUACUUACAAAGAAUUUUUUGUUUCCAUUUUUUUAAUCUUAAUAUUUCUAAUAUGUAUUUUUUUGAUACCUUGACCUGUCAUAUUUACAUGCCCAUAGUUUUUGUAAAUUUAAUUGAAAUAGUCUUUCUAUUUUCAGAAGUGUUUUUUUUUUUCAAAAUCGUGUAAUAAAACAGUCUAGACUUUUUUUCGGGAAUACCCAACAUUUUCUUGAUUCCGCCGAAUUAAAGAUUAGGAUAAGAGUUGAGAAUGUUAUUGUCCGUGUUCAGGGAUAAUCUAUUCAUCACAAAGCAAUAUUUGUGUCAUUAUCAUGAUGUAUGCAUAUUCAUGUGUAUUAAAACCCAUUUCUUCAUAGAUAUGCCUUUUAACUUUUCUAUACAAAGCAUUAUGAAGAUGCAUUUUUACUUUAGAGAUAUAUUACAAGGGAAUUAACUAGGGGUGCCUGAUGUGGCCACUUCUCUAUGAAAGAAAGGGUUAAAGCCGUCUGGAAGGUUUCUACUGCCUUGUUGGUUAAGUUUACUUUUUAAGUUUUAGCUUACCUGUGUUCCAAAGAAAAAAUGUUCAGUUAUUGUUGCAGCCUUGGUGUCUCGGUGUGGUCUUCUCAAAGCCAAUGUUCUAACCUUGGCAAAAACUAAAUAAAUCAAUUUAGAUAUUCCAAUGAAACUUGGAACUCAUGUUGCCAGAGGCAAUACUUAUAUGGUUAGCAAGACCAAAAACUUAAGCUUUUAUAAUUGAAGAGUUUCGCCCUUGGGUGGACAGUUAAAACAACAGACCAGUGUUGAUGUUCUCUGUGGGGUCCACUUGUUCGUACUUCAUUUCUCUUGGAUUUUUUCAAUUCUUAUCAGUUUAUUUGGCAUUUUUGCUAACAUAUCAUUUCUUGACUGUUCAAAAAUGUCUUUCUCUUUGUGUAAAUGCUUGUAGAAAGGGUUUUAACAUUUUAUGACAUGUUGAUUUUUUAUGAUUUUUUGUAUCAUUUGUAUUUUUUGUAUCAUUUGUUUUUCAAUGGCAUUAGGCUAUAUGGUUUCUUCUCGUAUACCUGCGAAUAAUUUAUCAUACAAUGUUAAGUCUGUUUAAGACAGCUCAACUGAAUAAUUAAUGUUUAGCAUUAUAACAAAAAUGAUAAUGUAAUCAUUUAUGUUUUAUAUUUAGUUAAAUCUGGUUAUGAAGAUUAUGCCUUAAGGGUUCUAACUGUUCAAGCCUGAUUUAUUUAAGAUUUAUCAAGAAAUUAGCCUAAGUACAUAUAUUUCAAAUAUUUGGUUAAUUAACUCAACUGCAGGUAGCUUAUUUUGACUUUACUUUAUCAAGUUUUAUAUAAUAGAAGUUCUUAGAGGACAAUAUCAUUCCUCUUUCCAUGUGAUAGUGUACCUGGUAUUUAAAUGAUGAUAUGUUUUUUGGGUUUUAUGCAAAACGUUUUGAUACAUUCAAUUUUUGGUGUGUAAGAUCAGUCUUAUUGAUACAUGUAGUGCUAAACUAGUUGUGAAAAAUCUGGCAGCUAAGAAUAAAAUAAUGUAUAAAAUGAUAAAGACUUUAUGAUUAAUCAUUAGGUAAACAGACUUUAAAUGUGCCUGUCCGAUUGUAAAAUUCUGUGUAAUACUCAGCUGCAGAUAGCUAUUUGUUUAAAGUUAAUCGUAAGUACAUAAGUAUUUUUGUAAUGUGUAAUGUUUACAUUGGCUUCGAUCAAUCAAGUGUAAUGACGAUUGUUAAUUUGACUGGCACAUUAAAGUUGAAACAUACAUGUAUUUUUCCUAUACCAUAGGCUAGAUUCUGAUCGUAGAACUUUUCUUAUUUAAAAACACUGGACAUUACAGAUUUACAUUUGCACAAUAAACCACAACACUCCAAACAAAAUCAAAAGUAGUAGCAUUUUCCAAAAUUCGAAAUGAUAGUUCACCUUUGAUUUGGUCAGAACAGUGGAUCCUGAAAUGGUUGUAAAUUGACUGUAGUAAUGAUACACCCUUGUAACAAUUGGUAUUCAUACUGAUGUGAACAAUUGUUUUGACUUUGGAUUGUAAUUGGUUCAUUUUAAAGCCAAUUUACCCAUUAUGUCCCUUUAUGUAGCUCUGACUGUAUUAUACAGUAUAGGUUUACCAAACUGGUGCCAACAUUACUUAAUGAUGUGGUAGCACACUGAUGUAUGACAUUUUAUGAUAAAAAUAAUCACAUUUUUUUCAAAACUUACCAAAUCAUCAAUAUAAAAUCAUAUAUUACAUAUCUUAUUUGUCAGAGCAAGUAGUAUGACAAUGUGUACAGCGUCAAGCAGAAAUGAGUCGGCUAUCCUUGGCAUCCAAUCAAAUAUGUUUUACAGAAGAAAGAAACAUAAUACUGUUGCCUGGAAAAAAAGAGCAACAUUGCGCCAUAGGCAAUGCCAUUCUUUUUAAGAUAAAAAACUUGAUAUUUGUUACUUAUAUCAUUUUUACGGUAAGACUUAUUUCUGCGGGUUGCCACUCAUGUCCAGUUUUGUAAGUGGUACGGAAUAUAUCCAUAUUUGGUUACUGUAAUUGACUAAAAGAAAAUAUCACUGUACACACAAAAGCAAUUAAUGUAUAUAUAACAUAUAUUCUUAGCUUCACUGGCCUCAGGCCAGAAGAGUUUCUACAAUGGCAUGUUGUCCAGCGUCAGUAAACAGUUGCUUGUGAAUGGGAUACACUCUUCAAUUUUGAUUGCAUCUCAUUUAAACUUAUACAGUAGGUAGAUAUCCAUAUGUGCUUGGUUCCAUUUGUUAAACCAGCCAGAUUUGCCCAUGCAUGACUGGAUUAUGGCCCUCAAAAUGUUGCAGCCCUAGCGAAAGUAUACUCUAAGGGAGGCAACUUUUACAGAGUUGUGUUUUCUAGUUUUUAUCUCCCUUUGGCCCUUGUAAACCAUUUUGUUCACUGAUAACUUAACAUUGAAAGCAGGUUCAGUAAAUUGCCUAUUAGUAGUAUGUACAUGCUAAAGAUAAAAAAUAUCAAAAAUGUCAUGCCAGUAGGCCCUCAUGGUUGGCUCCAGCCUCUUAAUUUUGAAUUUUACAUGUUUGUAACCAAGAAUUGGUAAUUCAUCUUCACAAUAUAAUCUACAUGUGUUUAUGUGAAACAAUCUAAAGGCAUUGUUUAAAGAGAUUAUGAUCAGAUAAAAUUAUGUCACACGUAGCGCUGUGUUUCGUGCUAGGUGUAUCACAUAUCUCAUCUCAUCAAUCUGUUAGUUCAUCAUCUUGUAGUAAAGUUUGCAUUUCUGCUUCAGGAAAAUAUCAUUUAAUGAUGCAUGAUUUUGUUUUGGUAUGUACAUGUUUGCUUUGUUAGUUAGGCUAAUUUGAGAUAAUAUCUAGUUUGUCAGGCAAAUUCUUUUUUAAAUAAGCAUGGAUUUUAUUCAACUUCACUUAUUGUUUUCAUUAGGUAUUGAUUUUUUUACUUAUUCAUUUUUGAAUGUUGAAUAUAAGUAAAGGUGACUUUUGUAAGUUAUUCUAUAUAUAAUAAUAGUCGUUCAUCAAGUAUAAACAUUUCUAAAUAUUUUGUCUUAAGUUAAUAACUUUGGAGUAAAACUGUUGUAAAAUUUUAUUUUAAGAAUUAAGAAUAAUGGAAAAUUUAAUUUUUAAGAAUUAAAAAUAAUGGAAAAUUUUAUUUUUAGAAUGAAAAAUAAUGAUAGCUCCAGUAGAAGUAUUUUAAAACAAAAGAAGCGUGCCUGAAAAACUAAAAAUUAUGUUUGUAAGGCCUUAGUUUGGAAUGAAUCAUAGAGCUAUAUCUGAAAGAUGCUGUUCAUUACUUAUUCACACCAUGCUCUAGUGAUUUGUCCAAAAAAAAAUCUGUAGUUUGUCAAUAUUUCCUGGUUUGGAAAACUGGAGGGUAUUAAAUGUUGAAACAUAUGACUAUAAACACUUUCAUCUAAUAAAUGGUAUAAGAUUAUUGCGGAUACUUUUUUUAGCGACAUAUUGUAUGAAGGUUGCCAUUUCGAAAAAUUAUUUUUGUUUUCAUCAGUCAAAAUUUAGUUUUGUAAAUGCAGCAACUGACAUCAUCCGUGAUAUGUAGAUUGGUUGUGUACAUUUUAAUUUGAUAGGCAAUUAAUUCAUCUGUCUUUGAAGUUUAAAAAAAGUCGAUUGCAUUUGCAGUCAUAGUGCAUCUACAUCACAACUCGAAGUCACCUUAAUCAUACAAGUCUUUGAAAUCAGUUAGCACAUGUUAAAGACUAUUCAUAUGUAGUGAUUUAUUAAUAUCUCUAUUUGUAUUUCCAAAUCAUUCAAUGUUGUAUGUUUUGUAUAAAAGCAAUAGUUUAUUUGUUGUUACCAAUUUAGUGUAGAUUUAUAUAACUUAGGUAAAUAAUCCAUGUUAUGCAAUUAUAAUGUAUCUUCAUUCAAUGUAAAUUCCAUGCAUAAGUAAAUAAACAUUUAAAUGUAA